AGCGGCUAGUUGGAGCAUCAAAACCACGAGCUCCCCCAUAAGAAAAAUCCACUAACCACUCCACGUAGAUCGCUUGUCACCCGACAAGUUCUUUCGUUCACUUUUCUUUCUGCAUCUCUUUUCCUUUUCUCUGUUGCUGAUCUCUUAUUCACUUCGUUCCAUCGCGUCAAUCGUAGCGUUCCAUUCUUUUCUUUCGUGGCUGGAUACCCAUCGCGUCCGUGACGCGUCGCUCCUCAUAAUCUUUCCUUGUCCUGGGCCGGUUUCCCAGGCGUUUCCUUUUUUACAAUCUCAUCUUUCGCAAGCAUGGCUCACUCGGUGCUCGUAAUGUUUUUGGCAGCCUACUCGGCCACCGCCUUUGCGAGUCCUGUGCCUCGCCAUGGCCCUCUACGAUUUGCUCGCCAGUCCAACGACUCAGCGCCGCUCAUCCCGGACUUCACAGAGAACUCAAUAGAGCUAAGCUCCAUCUCGAUAACUGCCACUCCUGUUGAGGUCCAAGCAGCAGACACUGGCUUGCCUUUCGUUAUCCCGGUCACUCUGUCAGUGACCACGAGCACCGCGUCGGCAAUGACGUUCCAGGACCCCUCCGGUUCUGUGAUCGCGACUGUGCCAGCUUCGACAGUAGAGCAGACAACGUAUCUCGAUACGUCGUCCAGUGCCGUUGCAUCUUCCACUGAAGCUGCUACUUCUACUGCUGUGACCUCAAGCAUUGCAUCCAGCCCCGUCACCUCCACUCCCGUGGCGACGCCUACCACUCCGACCACGCCGACCACGCCCGUGCAGGUCUCAACCCCAUCGUCGGUCUACACUCCCCAGUUCACCUACAACCCGAGCACGGCAACGCCCAUCGCGACGCCUUCUUCAACUUACGUCCCGCCUUUCACUUACGACCCGGCCAAGAGCACCGAGGCCUCGUCCACGUACACUCCUCCUGCGUCAUCAAACUCGACAACGGUCCAGGUGCCCUCGACGUCGGCUGUCAACACUCCCACCACGCCUCUGCUUGUUUCUACCCCGGUCCAGACGCCUCCUAGCACCCCGACCGUGGUGAUCAGCACGCCAACUGCAUUGACCAGCACCCAGGCCGUGCUGACUAGCAGCAAGUCCUCUACGCUGAUCAGCAGCUCUUCUGCGCGUAUCAGCAGCUCUACCGUAAUGACGCCCAGCACCUCAGCCUUGGUCAGCACCCCCCUUACGCCCAUUUUGUCAACUCCAAGUGCGACGUCUGUCGCCGGCGGCUGCCCUGCCAGCGUGCUCUGCCUGACAACAACUCUCUACACCGGGGCUGCCACCGCAAAGGCCCAGACCAGCAUCGCGUCCAGCAGUGCGACCACCGCCGUCCCAUCCAGUUCGCAACAGGCUGCCCAAGGCGGCGUGGCUAUUGUGACGCAAUACACGACCGUGACGCCCUCCAAAGAAGCUUCGAGCACGGCUGCUGCUGUCUCUUCGACUGCCGCUGUCUCUUCAGUUGUUGCUGCCUCGUCGGCUGCUGCUGCUAUCGUCUCUACAGCCGUACAGUCCUCUGCUCACACUUCGUCCGCGACUGCGCAGUUGACCAGCCAGGCCAAGGCCGCUCCGGCAAUUGUGACGCAGUACACGACUGUGUACCCCAGCGCGGCAACAAGCAUGCCUGCCGUCGUCUCUUCGGCGGUUGUCUCUUCGGCAGCCCAGUCGUCCGCUCACACCUCUUCCGCGGCCGCACAGUCUACCACCCAGUUGGCCGCUGACCCAGGUGUGGUGACGCGCUACACGACCGUGAAAGCUAGCGCCGCCCCAGCUGUCGUCACACAGUACACGACCGUGUACCCCAGCGUUGCGGCAUCGACGACCGGGGCUGUGGCUACACCGAGCACGCUCUUGACGAUGACCAGGCCUGCUGCUGCAUCGUCCCCGUCCGCGGCUGCGCCGUCUCCGGCUACUACCAAUGCUCCGGGCAUCACGGUCAUCCCCGUUGAUCCGAAUGUCUCGACUGUCACUGUCACUGAGGCUACGGCUACGGUUACGGAGACCACGACCGCGAAGGAGACGGUUACUGUCUCGGCAUAGUAGCGCGGUAGUGAGUAUACAUGUGGGCAAGACGGGCCGGGCCCGUUUUGCUAGUAAAGAAAGGAGAAGGAACGAUGUUCACGAUGUAUACACGAAUGACCCGAAGAGAAGGGGUAUAGACUGAAAAAGAAACGGCCCGAAAUAUUGCAUACACGGAUACGCAUAGCGAUGAUUUUACGAACUUGCUUGUUGGAGGAGAUAUGUAAUGGGUGUUGGAUGCGGCGGCUACUGAUGCUGUGGCUGUUUGGGGAUCGAGUAAGGGAAGGGCGGCUAUUUUGUGGUUCGCAAUGUGUUUUAUACCUUGGGGGCUAUUGGUUUGAUCUUCUUGGGGUUGCAAUUUUGCUGGUCGGUGGCGCUGUGCGCUUAAUAUGGGG